AAACAACAACCUUAACCUUAGGUAGUCGACUAAUCAUCUACGUUACCUUAUUAUCCCCCAUUGCCAAUGGACCGAUCCCGUUCCGAUUCUUUUAAUCAAUUCUGAACAACUCCUGGAUAAACUUGGAUAUAUAGACAGCGCAGAACCGGUAUUGAUAAGCCAUUGGAAUCCCUCUUCCGAUCUUUUCCACCCUCCACAUAACAUCUUGGUGCCUUGCUAGCCAGGCCAAGCCUAUCAAUUAAUUCGAUGAUUCUGUCAAUUCUAAACUUUACUAUUAACCGCCGCCGUGGAACCACGUCCACUUUACAUGUGAACAGAUGAGCGAUGAGCUGUUACAUCUACGUCGGGCUUAAAUCUGCAAAUAAUCCAUCUACCGUCAUUAUGAUAACGAGAUACCUCCCUCCUUGUUCCUAAUCUUCAAACAGUGUCCCUAUGCUCGUCGCCUUUGCGCGACUAGGAGCCAGCGUUGCCGAUAUUAAGGGGGAGAAAGAUUGUAGGAAAAUUGGUGUGCUUUAAAUCAUUCACGAUCCGGAUCUCGUUUAAUCUUCUCUCUCCACGACCGACUCUGGGUUUUCAACCCCUCAGCUCUCCACCACGUGGCGGUCAUCCUUGUCAAUUGGAUCCUUCGAACCCCCGACUUGUCACCUGUACGCUUGGGUUCCGCAGCGGAAGUCGUCAAAAUGUCCGACAAAGGACGCGAGCGUAUCUGGCACCCAAGGCCCACGACUACUUCGUCGGACGAGGCUAGCGCCAGCAAUGCCACGGCACCGGACAACGAGCCGUCAGAGUCAACCUCGACUUACACGGUGAAUAUACACAAUCCUGCUGUCGCGUACGGAGGAUUAAACCCCGAAAUUGAAGAGCAUGUUCUCGUUGUUAAGUCUGUUCCCGAUCAUGAUUUGCGGUACGGUACUACGGAUCGCCGCAAGAUGCUCGGUCCCGACUUAGACGAGGAUCUUGAUGUUCCUAUACAGCGGCAUAGUACAAGCGUGGCAAGCCGAGACCUAAGUCCCGCCCUUUCGUCUCCGAGCGGCGAUUCCGAUAUAAGUCCUAUCCUCAAUCUUCCCUCCGAAUUAAUUGAUGCAAUAUUUUCCUGGCUUGCUCCUCUAGAGCUAGCCACCGUCUCUCUCGUUUGCCGUGCACUGCGAAACCAUGCAAACUCCGAUACACAGUGGAGGCGACACGUAUUAUCGAACCUUCCAGGAAAUCGUGUCACUUCCCCGUAUCCAUGUCAAAGCUGGCGCGAGCUCUACAUAUCACACGACCCGUACUGGUUUUUGACGAAACACAAGCUAUGGUUUUGCGAUCACGAGUUGACCGGCCAAAUAAUCAUCAUCCGAUACGACGAGCGCCGAGGCUGCAUCGAAGGUUAUCAGAUGCUCGCUACGCGUAAUAGAGAUGGUAGCGAGCCAUGGGGUGCUGAUCAGGCAGUUCACAUCCACUAUUUCGAACCUACUGUGAAGUUGCAUCUCGACAAGCCCGUAUUGCAACUGGAUGUAGAUAGCUUCGAGAACAUAGUUCGUGGAAAGUCUCCAUCUCUAUCCUUCCGACAUUUCUUCUCGGAGCAGCCAAUGCGUAUUAACGGCGGGACGGAUCCUCGAUUUAGCAACUUUCUUCUGGCAAAGCCUCUUACCAAGUCCGCCCUAGUUGGCCGCAUGAUAAACGAAUUUCCUUAUGGUUAUGUCUGGCCCCCACCCGCAAUUCCAGCGCGCCAUCGUGUGACAGGCCAACCGACUGGUGUGCAUCCGCUUGCGACAUCUCUGAGUUAUACAAGGUCGACGUCAGCAAUGUGGCAGCCGCGCAACCGCUCGGAAGCAUCCGAUCAAACGUUCCGUAUUAGGCGAUGGAUGGAGAUGGGGCCACCAACUCUCGGAGUGCAUGCUGCCGAGGAGCUAGUAACUUACUCAACUCUUGACUCCGCCCUAUAUACUCCAACGGCUGAGAAACCCUGGAGAGGAAUAUGGGUUGGCGAUUUUAGCGGGCACGGUUGCGAGUUUCUAUUGAUCAACCAGCCUGAUGACGAGAGUGAGGAGGAGGAACCCUUCGAGCAGCUUCAGGACGAGACAGAGUCAGAGUUUGAACAACGCUUUCUUCACGAACGUGUCUAUCGCGGCCGGCUAGAAGCGGUCAAGCUAACAGGCGACGUUAAUGUACCGAGAGGCGAGUAUACUUUUGUUGCUGAUGAUUUAAGCGACAAUGGAUUGUUAGGCACGGCUAAAGAGCCGCCGUUUGAAGGCGCUCGAGUUGUGAAAAGCCGAGGACACAUUGCUCACAUGGGAUUUUCUAAUGAUCGAUAUAUCGAGUCGCAGCUCCUCUUGCUCUCAUAUAAUCGCCUGGCGCAGUAUUGGGUUGGUUUCGGCCACAUUAGCUUCUUCGAAAGAGUUGAUAUCGAUCAAUUUCUCGUGCCCAAAUAGUAUUGCCAUUACCAUAAACGUAUAUAUAAGCGUAUAUAUUAUUUUCUCAAGUACAUAGUAUCCUAGGACAUACGCCUGUAUUUUCCCCCAACCGACGUUACUAUUUUUAAUGGAGAAUACUAUUAUGAUGAAACCUACGGAAUCCUACAUAGGUAGUGUGCCUAAUUAUUCCCAAGUUUAAAAGACGUUAGUUAUAACUACCUACGUUAAAGUACAAAGGCUAGAUUAAUAGGUACAGACUUUACAAUGUACUUAGUAGUACUUGAGCUGAAUAUUCAACAUACUCGUAUCUCCGAUAUACCGCCUCAAGUGUAACAGAAUCAAUACCGUAUCAUUGAUAAUAAGAGGUACAUGUAGGUAUGGAUUUAUAUCUAAACCCGAUGCUCUAGGUUACAU